AUGCCUCGUUCUCGUGGAGGUGCUUCCCGACCUGCUCCGUCGCGACCGACAGCUCCGUCUGCGGCACCUCGGUCUGUAGCGCCACAGCAGCAGCAACGUCCUAUGACUACGACUGCCCCGAGUGCACCCGCACAGCAUGCUCCUCCUCCUGUUCAAGCAUCUCAGGGCCCCGGGCUCUUUGGUCAGAUGGCCAGCACUGCUGCUGGCGUCGCAGUUGGAUCCUCCAUCGGCCACGCCAUCGGUGGUCUUUUCAGCGGUGGCGGCGGCUCCUCCUACUCUGCGCCUGCGGAGCAACAACAGCAACCCACCGACGCCUACGCCCGGACCGGUGAUGCCAUGCCCAACGCCCUGUACAGUCAAUCGAACUCGGCCGCCGAGGCCACGGGCCCUUGUGCCGCUGACAUCAAGAGCUUCACCGACUGCAUGAACCAGAACCAGGGUAACCUGACCAUUUGCGGAUGGUACAUGGAACAACUCAAGGCUUGCCAGCAGGCUGCGAGGCAAUACUGA